AUGGACGAUGAUUACUACUCAAUAGAAUCGAUUCUCUCGGAGAACCAGAAGAUCCAAUGCACAUUCAAGAUAGAUAUCGAAGGUAUGGGACAUCUUGCAGGAGGAGAUGAAAAAGAUAUCAAACAGUUGACAAAGAUGCAACUACCUCUAUGGAUGUCUUGUAUGAUCGUCACUAUGGACUGGGCAGAUUGGCAUAUUCCAACACCCUUCAGUUCGCGUGUCAGAAACGCGUUGAACGCGGAAGCUAAGAGCGUCCGUUUAUCUUCGCUCGUAGGCGCAGGAGGUCUGUGGUACGGAUUCGGGAGAAGUCUGAUGGAGAAAAUGCUUCAGGGCGCAGCUGCCGCUGAAAUGUCUAGAAUACUGACAAAGGCGUUCCAUAGCAGGCUGGUCGAAGUCAUAGAUCAGGCGCAGCAUUUUGGAGCUCUAGGCCCCGCUGGAGGCAGUGGACAAUCAGGAGACAGCGCACAAAGCUUCAGAGAAGGUCUUGACGCAACGGAGCGUGAGAUGUUUGCAUUGGCCCAAGAGAGCGCAAAACGGACAAAACGGUGGUAUGAGACGUCGGACAGAGCAACGAAGUAGCUGGUUGUGAUUACAGAUGCAGAUGUGAGUUGUAGGAUAUGUGCAGGUGUACGGAUAAUGACAGUUGCUUGAAA